UCAAGAGCAGCGGAUCACAAGUCACCUUAUUUGUAAUCAAUAGAUGAUAUUGUGGCAGUGGUGGUGGAGGCAACGAUCGGCGGGACUGCUGAGUUUUCACUCAAUCAAUGCUUUUAUUGUUGCAAUUACAGCAUGCUGGGAACUUGUCACACAGCGGCUGAAGGUCAUCGAGUCAGUCGAGGUUUACAGAACACAGUAAAGACAAAUAUGGCUCCACAGAAACCAGAGGUUGGGGACCUGAUUGAGAUCUUUCGCGGCACCUUUCAACACUGGGCCAUAUAUGUUGGCGGUGGUUACGUUGUUCACUUGACGACAGUCUCUAAGGUCAACGGUGCUGGUUCCAGCAGUAUGAUGACCAGUCAAACUGAAAGGGGCAAGGUGAAGAAAGAGAAGCUGCAGAAUGUUGUUGGAAACAAUAAGUGGAAAAUCAACAACUGCCUGGACAAGGAGUACAAACCCCGGGAGGUUUUAACCAUCAAGAGAGAGGCCUGUGCUCUGGUGGGCGAGGAAUUGCCAUACUGCGUCCUCAAAAGCAACUGUGAACACUUUGUCAAUGAUCUACGCUACGGGAAGCCGGAGUCCCGGCAGGUGCAACUGGCACAAGACGCUGUUGUGUUGUCAAGCGUCGUGGUAGUCGUCACUGGGUUUGUUGCAACUCUGGCUGGCGCUCUGUUCAGAAGCAGCUAAAAAGAAGACAAAGCCACACACUGAUCCAAAGCCCAGCAUUUGCCAGAUAGCCAGCAAUAUACCACUGAUAACACUGCUGAAAUAAUUUACAAACAUCUGCAUAUUA